AUGCCAGAUGAAAUAUCAAAUAACGGCUAUCAGUGUGAACGAUGUGGCAAAAUGUUUACUUAUGCGUACUAUCGUGAGAAGCAUUUAAAAUAUACGCGAUGUAUUGAUAAAGAGCUUGAGAAAAAGAAAAUAAAAUUUUUCUUAAAAUUAUCAGCAUUUCACAAGUCAUUCGAAAAACGUGAUCGUUUACGGAUACACGUACUUCACGUGCAUGAAAAUCAUCGACCACAUGCAUGUUCAAUCUGUGGGAAAUCAUUUUCUCAAUCAUCUAGUUUAAAUAAACAUUUGCGAGUGCAUUCUGGCGAGCGACCUUAUAAAUGUGAAUAUUGUGAUAAAAGUUUCACGGCGAGUAGCAUUCUUAGAACACAUAUUAGACAACAUAGUGGUGAAAAACCUUUUCGGGUAAAUUUUUUCAUUUCUACUGGUGAUCAGGCAAGUGAAAAAUUCAUAAAUGCGUUUCAGUGUUCAUUAUGUGGCAAAUCAUUUGCAUCGCAUGCAGCGCACGACAGUCACGUACGUCGAACUCACGCAUCUCAAACUUUAUUUCAGUUUAAAUGUGAAUUUUGCGACAAAACAUUUCAACAUAAAAGGCACCUUAACUUUCAUCAACAAUCUGUCCAUCAUUUGUUAUGUAAUUCUUGA